AUGAAGUUGAAUCCAGAGGCCAUACUCGCCGUAUAUCGCCCGCAAAGCUGCGGUGGCAAAGUGGUCCUGUAUCUGGUCGCCUGGUACGGCCACGAGAAAUUCACUUGGGAUCCCCUAUGGCGCCCAGAUGGCAAUACGCAGGACCUCGUCGACCGCGCGUGGCUGGCGCUCGCUCCCAUGAACAAGAAGACGCUCCCAGAGGAGCAAAUGCACAAAGUCCCCUUCGGGCAUGUUGAACUGAUGUCGUCCAUGUCGUGGCAACGAUUCGCCGAGGCAGGCGUAGAAAUGCCCGGACAUGCCACUCGCACAGAGCCCCUGUUCUGGGUCGCCGACGCAUGGGUAGUCAUCUGGAGUAUUCCUGGUAUAAACUGGGGAGACUGA